AAACAGAUCCAAUGGAAAGUGGACCUAUCCAGAUUUAGCAAACACGAAGAACAAGUAUAAAUAAGUGGGACUUGUCGUUAAUUUUUUUUCCCCACUUCAUUAAACAACUCUAUAAAAAUGGAUCCCUCAAGAACUGAUGCUAAAAAAGACAAAUUCGUUGGCUCCGUCAAGGAAAAUGUAGGUUCUGCUUUCGGUAACGAAUCUCUCGAGGCCAAAGGAAAGACUCAAAAUACUGCAGGUUCUGUUCAAGAAACCGCUGCCAACGUUCAAGGCUAUGUCCAAGGUGCUGCUGAUCAAGUUGCUGGAGCUGUCAAGGGUGCUUAUAACUCUUUGACCGGUAAUACUGGUUCUGAGAUCGGCAACAAGGCUCAAAGAGCCAAGGGUGAGGCUCAAAAGGAUUUCAACUCCAAUGUUUAA